ACGUGAAGGCGAAAACGAGCGGAGGCAGAGAGGCAGAGAGGAAGAUGGAGUCGCUCUCUCAACCAGAGAACAGAGACGGAGUAAAAACAGGCGAGAAGAAGGCGGAAAGAAGGUGCAGAAGAGGAGAAGGAGGACAAGACAAGAGGAGAAGGAGGACAAGACAAGAGGAGAAGGAGGACAAGACAAGAGGAGAAGGAGGCGACUCUGUGUGUAGGAGAAAAGAGAGGGUGGCUUUUCCUGGGGGCGUCGGUUAUGCCUCUCGACAGGGACUCUCUGGGAUCCAUGCAUUUGUCUCUCUCUGUCUCUCUUUCCCCCUCUUCAGGUCUACUCUGUGCGUAGCGGAGGUAUGACCUUCCUGUCCUCUCAAGGCUGCUAACGACCUGUAUAUGCGAGGCCUCGUCUGUCGUUCGCGACUGCGCUGCGUCCUCGUUUUCCCCGAGCUCUCUGGGCUUGUCGAGACUUCUUUGGAAAGGAACUCCUGGCGCUGCAGGCUCUCCGCCUCGAGAGGCGUCCAGAGCGCGCGAGCGCAUGCAAAUCCCUUCGCAGAAGGCGAAUGGAGACUCGAAUACGACGAGAUUCUUUCCUGUUCUCUCCACGUCCUCUCGGAGCUCUCCAGGAGAACAGGCACAGCAGCGCACAUUCGACACUCACACACAAAG